UCGGCCCUGGGGAGGCACCGUCUCCAUGUGGAAUUCUCCCCUUUCUCCCAGGUCGUCACUGCUACCCAGCCCCUCCUGGAGUCUCUGUCUGCACAGCAGGGAACGAUGGUGAGGCGCCUGGUCCCCCGUCUGCCUGCCCUCCCUGUCUGCCUCGCCGUGGUCCAGCUGCUCAGCCCCUGCUCAGCUCAGUUUGCUGUGGUUGGACCCCCCGAGCCCAUCCUGGCCAUGGUGGGUGAAGACGCUGAGCUGCCCUGUCACCUGUCCCCGGAGAUGAGCGCUGAGAACAUGGAGCUGAUGUGGGAGCGACUCAGCCCCAGGCAGGUAGUGCACGUGUACGCACACGGGCAGGAGGACACGCCGGCAGCAGAGUAUGGAGGGAGAACUUCGAUGUUAAGAGAGGGCAUCACUGCGGGGAAGGCUGCUCUGCAGAUUCGAGAUGUCAGAGCCUCUGACAGAGGAAACUACCUGUGUUAUUUCCAAGAUGGAGACUUCUAUGCAAAAGCCCAGGUGGAGCUGAAGGUUGCAGCACUGGGCUCUGACCCCCACGUUGAAAUGAAGGGCUACGAGGCUGGAGGGAUCCGUGUGGAGUGCACGUCUGCCGGCUGGUACCCGCAGCCCCAGAUCCAGUGGAGAGAUGCCAGGGGACACAGCUUGUCUGCUGAGGUGGCCACAGAGGCCGCAGACCCCCAGGGCCUUUAUGCAGCCUCAGCCUCUGUGAUCCUGGAAGGUGGCUCUGGGGAAGGGGUCUCCUGUGUCAUCAGAAACCCCCUGCUGGGCCAGGAGAGGUCAGCCAGGCUUUCCAUCCAAGGCCCCUUCUUCCGGAGCGCGCAGCCCUGGGUGGUGGCCUUCGCGGUGACCCUGCUGGUUCUGCUGGUGACCCUGGCGGGGGCAGGGAGUUUCCUUUGGAGACAGCAGAGGAAGACCGAGGUUCUGCGGCAGGAGAAGAUGAGGGAGCAAAGAAACAACGGUGAGGAGUGGUCUCAGGCCUAUGCAGAGUGGAAGACGGCCCUCUUCCAGCCUGCGGAUGUGUUUCUGGAUCCAGACACGGCGCACCCCAACCUCCAUGUUUUUGAUGAUAACAGGAGCCUGCAGCAGGCAGACACACGGCAGAACCUGCCAGAAAACCCCAAGAGAUUUCAGAGGAAUCACUGUGUGCUGGGCUGUGAGAGCUUCACCUCAGGGAGACACUUCUGGGAGGUGGAGGUGGGGGGCAGGGCACAGUGGUGUGUUGGGGUGUGCAGGGAGAGUGUGGAGAGAAAACACCGGGUUAACAUUAACCCAGAGAAUGGAUUCUGGGUCAUGGGGCGGUAUCCUGGGAGUGACUACCGGGCUCUCACAUAUCCCCGGACCACACUGACCAACGUGAGCCCUCCUGAGAGGGUGGGGGUUUUCCUGGACUAUGAGGUGGGCGAGGUUUCCUUCUACAAUGCCCUCGACGGGUCUCACAUCUUCACCUUCCCGCACACCCGCUUCUCUGGGCCUCUGAGGCCUGUUUUCUGGAUUUGGACAGAUAAGUCCACUCCCCUGACCGUUUGCCCAGCACAGAAAGGAGGGGGGAGGUCCCGUGUGCCUGACCCAGGUUCUUACUCAUCAAAUAAGACCCAAGAGUCUUUCGACUCAUUUCUUGGGAGUGAGAGCUAUGAGGCUGAAGAAACGUCUCUGCUUCCUGCUGCCUGGAGCUGA